AUGCCUCUUCCUCGACAGUGUUUCUCCCGCCGGACCAUUUUCUCCGUCGUUGCCAUUUUUAUUAUCGUUACUAUCACUGUUACUUGCGCUACAUACUUCAUACUGGCUAAGAAAAAGCACCAUGCGUUUGAUUGGACGACAGUCAUGAGUCCUCGUGGGGAUGUGAUUCCUGACUUUAGCUUUGCUGGGUAUCAUAAUUCUGCUAUCAUACUGCCCAAUAUCACCGCUCCCAACAUCACUGUAUCUUUUAAUAAUAGCGUUGAUGCGAGGCCAGCGAUUCAAGCAGCUAUUGAUAGCAUUGCUUCUUCAGGUGGUGGCUCUGUCAUCCUGCCUGCUGGAAAAUGGCCUAUGACUGCAGGCCUGAACCUCUCCAGCAACGUUGUCGUCACCGGGUCUGCUGGUGGUAAGACUGUUCUGUCGCUGAGCGAGCGCCCUUCUGUGCCUGUUUUCACACUUGGUUCUACCAAUACUGCCAAGCCUCGGUAUGGGUUUAGGUCAAACAUCACCAAUGACUAUGUUCCCAUCGGCUCCUCUUCAGUUGAGGUCGUCAACAGCAGUGGUUUCGCAGUGGAUCAACUAGUCUAUGUCUCCAGAACGGCCACAGAAUCGUGGAUCAAGGCCAACGGCAUGAGCAACCUGGUGCGAGACGACGCAUCCCAGACCUGGAUACCAGAGAACAAGAGGAUGAUGUCACCAAAUCAAAUCAGCGGUGUCUAUGGUAACAACAUCACCCUCAAGAUACCCUUGACAGACAAUCUUGACCUAGACUAUAUGCAACCAGAGCUCAUUGUCUAUACCCCUCCUGAAACCAACAGUGAGAUGGGUAUUCGGGAUCUCUCCAUUGAGGUACCCGACACUUGCUCUGGAGCACCACUCAGUGACAAGACAUGCAACUCUGCUGCCGUCCGCUUCCCAUCCUGGACAGUUGAUAGCUGGGCUAGUGGUCUCACUCUCAAGGGCUUCAACAAGUUCUUCCAGAUUGAUCAGGACGCUUCUCGCAUCACCAUUCAGAACAGCACUAUGAACCGAGAUAAAGACAUCUCAGGCAGUGCUCUUCCUUUUGACAUCUUGAUUCAAGGCUCACAAGUUCUUGUUCAAGACUGUGAGCAAGUUGGUAUCCCAUCUGCCCGUUGCUUCUCUGUUGCCACGGGAUCAUUGACUCCUGGUCCAAAUGCUGUCCUUCGUCACAAGACAAAGUCUGACUCUCAGACUAUAUACCCGCAUCAGAGAUGGGCUCAGGGACUGUUAGUAGAAGAUACCUCUGUAGCGACGUACUUCGUGAACCGCAAUACCAAAGGUUCAGGUCACGGUUGGUCCAUCAAUGGCGGUGUUGGUUGGAACAUAGACGGGCGUUGUGAGUUCGAGUCCCCACCUACUGGUAUCAAUUGGUGCAUUGGGUGCGGAGAGAAGGGUGAUGAUCCAAAGGGAAAUGCUACCUUGUUGGGGGCGGGGAAGCGAGUUGAACCACAAAGUCUUUUCCAGACGCAACUUGAGAAUCGUGGUGUUUAUAGGUAUGAUGGAGAGGAAGCUUAA